AUGCAGUGGAUAUAUGUCUCCAGAAUAUGCAAUGCAAGGCCUAUUUUCAGAGAAAUCAGAUGUUUUUAGCUUUGGUGUGUUGCUACUAGAGAUUGUUACUGGGAGAAGAAACACUAGCUUUUACGAUGAUGAGCAAUACUACUUGAGCCUUGCAUGGAAAUUAUGGAACAACAACAACAUUAUGGCUUUUGUAGACCCAACGAUAUGGGAUCCGUGCUUUCAAAUGGAGAUGUUCAGAUGCAUACAUGUGGGAUUGCUGUGCGUGCAAGAAUUGGCUAGAGAUAGGCCUACUAUAUCUACCAUUAUUUCAAUGCUUAGUAGUGAUAUUGUGGAUUUGCCCUUUCCUAAGCAACCUGGAUUCACCGAAAGGCAGAUUGCUUCAAAUUGUAAGCCUACUCAACAGGGUCAAAUAAGACUCCCCAGUUGCAAUGUCACUCUUACAACGAUUUAUGGCAGAUAAGAAUAAAGUUCUUGAGAUAAAUCUCU